CAAUUUUGAAACAGAAUUCUAUGCAAAAUGUGCUUAACGAUUUGGAAAGGGAUUUGGUUUGAAAAUUAAACACUCACACAGUGUGUAACGCGGCGUAUACGUUAUAUUAAUCAUUAAUUUUCCGAGUCGAAAACAUCAACGAAUGUAAAUUGACGGGAAACAUAAGCCGAUUGUUUGAGAAACUUCCGGCAAUUUCGUGGCAUAAAAUGUUUGCCACCAAUAUCCGUUCGGUUGCCGUAGAAAUCGCAGGAAUCGUCGUGGUGCCGUGAGCUCGUUUUGGCCCCUUCGCGGAUCCUGAUCCCGCGUCCCUCAAUUAUUUCCGGUGCAGCCGGUUGCGCCAUUUUACAUUUGCAAUUCGAAUCGAAUCGGCGUGCAAGGACUUUUCCUUUUUUUUUCCAGCCCCCUUUUGCGUUGCAUAUGCGCUGGCUAAUUAGCAUGCCGCAUUUGCAGCAAUCAGAGUAGAGCCGCGCACAAUAGGAAUAAUAACGCGGAAUGGAAGAGGAUGUGUAUGCCUCGCUAGGUGCCUACAACGACAGCGGUGGCGAGGAUUGGAGCAGCUCGGAGCACCUGGUCCUGUGGGAGGCGGAGGAGGAGCGCGGAGUGGGGGGCAAUGCCAGCAGUCGGCAUAAUCAACUGCUGCUGGCCAGGUGGAAUAUCAGCAACAAUGGCACCCUCCACGCCGAGGAUGUCCCCUUCGAUGCCAACAACUACUGGGCCCUCUUGGCCCUCGUCCUCGUCCUGGGAACGGCGGCCGGGAACAUCCUUGUCUGCCUGGCCAUCGCCUGGGAGCGUCGGCUGCAGAAUGUGACCAACUACUUCCUCAUGUCGCUGGCCAUCACCGAUCUGAUGGUCGCCGUUCUGGUCAUGCCGCUGGGCAUCCUUACGCUGGUGAAAGGAUACUUCCCACUGGGCUCCGAGCAUUGCCUCACCUGGAUCUGCCUGGAUGUCCUUUUCUGCACGGCCAGCAUCAUGCACCUGUGCACCAUCUCCGUGGACCGUUAUUUAUCGCUGCGCUACCCGAUGAGAUUUGGCCGGAAUAAAACACGCCGGCGAGUCACCCUCAAAAUUGUUUUCGUGUGGCUCCUGAGCAUCGCCAUGAGUUUGCCGCUGAGCUUGAUGUAUUCAAAGAAUCACGCCUCGGUGCUGGUGAAUGGAACCUGCCAGAUACCGGAUCCGGUGUACAAGCUGGUCGGCUCCAUUGUGUGCUUCUACAUUCCGCUGGGCGUGAUGCUGCUGACAUAUUGCCUGACCGUCCGCCUUUUGGCCCGGCAGCGCCAGAACUUGGGCGGUGGCCAGCAGACGGCAGCGGCCACCCCCGGAUGGGCGAGUGGGUGGCUCGGGCAGGCACCGGCCUUGGAACGGCGAUGCACCUGGCGCCGCCUACUGAAACCGGGUCCGGGGAACGCCUCCUCGGUGCUGCACGCCCACUCGGCCAAUUCCACGGAUACGGAUCUUAGCACUUUGGACAACCACGAGCUUUGGCUGCCCGAUUCAAGCAUAAAGGAGCCCACACCCACGACAAUGACGGCUCUCCAUCAGUUUGGAGCCGAGAUGCUGAAGCUGUCCCGCGGCCUGGAGUCGGUGGCCUCGUCAUCCACCACCGGUUCGCCCACCAAAUCCGAAUUUUCCAUAUCGAAUCACCUGCAGCUGCAGUACCCCAGCAGUCCCCAGCGAUAUGCCUCCCACCACCACCAGCAGCAGUCCCACCAGCAGCAGCACAACCACCAGCAGCACGCGGGCAGCGUCUACCACCAGCAGACCUCGCCCAAAGGUCGCCAGGGAGCCGCCGUCCUGGGUCUGUCCACCACCACGCUGGGCAUCGAGCGGGAGAGCACCCGCAAUUCCUUGGCCAGCAGCCGCAUGGGCGGCGAACAGAGCGACGGGACUCUCUCGCAACUCUCCCAACGAUUGCGGGCCUAUAAGAAGCGUAGGAGGGCUUCGUCGGCGGUUCCAGGACGAGAUCGACGUUCCGGUCACGAGGAUGCCGACGAGGAUCUGGACGACACUCCCACGUCGACACUGCGCCGGCACAAGCGUCACAAUAGCCUGCCCAAGAAUGCGCUAUAUCCGCGACACACCACCGUACAAGAGAGCCUCGAUGACGACGACGAUGACGUUGACGGGGAGGAGGAGGAUCUCAAGGAGCAGCAGACCAAGUUCUGUCACUCGGACACCGAACUGGAUCCACCGCAGAAGGCGGGCAAACAGUGCCACAUUGGUGGCCCAAACCACCAGUCGGACUACCUGCAGCUGCCCUCCGUUUGCACCUGUCCCUAUUUCGGCGAUCGGCCGCUCCAGAAUUGCGUGAAAACGGCCGAGGUGAAGAUCAUCUCCUCGGCCUUCCGGGUGACCACCACCACGACGACGGCGGUGAGCAGUUCGCCCAGCGAAAUGGAGCUGCUCAUGUGCACAGGUGGUGGCACCAAAAAGUCCCUGACCUCCAGUGUGAGUGCCGGAAUGACAGGAGGACCAGCAGGACCUCCACCUGCCACCGUUGGCUCCACACUCAGUCCGCACUCGGCCCACAAUCAGGGCAGUUCCCUGACGGUUCAAAGCGAUGGCAGUGGCUACCUGGCUGCCCCGGGAACUCCCUGUCCCGGCAGACGAAAGCUGAGCAUCUCGAAGACCGCCUCGGUGGUCACCUGGGAUUCGAGUCGCCAUCGCCGGCGGGGCAGCAGCUUUGGCGGCGUGCGAACAUCCUUGCUGCUGACGCCCACCAAAACGGCCACCGCCUCCACCGCUUCGUCCACCCCGCUGAGAAGAUCGGCCACUCUGAGGAGCCACCAGAACAUGAACUACCAGGGACAGGGAGAUUGUGGAGCGGGCAAGACCAGGACGACCACUUCGUCGCCCUGCAUGUUGCAGCGACAGCAGACAGUGCGGUCGCAUCACUCGCGCAAUUCCAGUGUGAUCUCCCGGAACUCCUCGCGCCACGGCAGGAUCAUCCGGCUGGAGCAGAAGGCCACCAAGGUGCUGGGAGUGGUAUUCUUCACCUUUGUGAUCCUAUGGUCACCCUUCUUCGUCCUCAAUCUCCUGCCCACGGUGUGUGCGGAAUGCGAGGAGCGCAUUAGUCAUUGGGUCUUCGACGUGGUCACCUGGCUGGGCUACGCCAGCUCCAUGGUCAAUCCCAUUUUCUACACCAUCUUCAACAAGGUGUUCCGGCAGGCGUUCAAGAAGGUCCUGCUCUGCCGGUAUUCCAGCACGAGUGCCUGGCGACCCAGCAGAUAGCAGACGCCCGUGAAGCCGGGCAAACUCAAGGCGAAUCCCCACAAGUGCGCCAGUGUGGACUUUCAGGAUUCCACAGCCCCGGUGCGGGGAGUCCUCAAAAGAAGUGUGGCGGUGGCAAGUGACAUAUAGGUCUGUCGGUCAUUUCGCCUGCGGUCCACCGCUCAACGUGUCGUAUACGUAAUCUCGGAGGAAUGAGGAGGAAUGCAUCCCAUUCCGGCGCUCGCACGUGUUUCCUUGGGGCUUAAACGCUUAUGUGCCUCUAAUUAAUUUCAAAUUCAAUUUGCAUGCCAUUGAAAACACAUGGAUCCCCGCAGGAUUGCCAAGGGUCUGGCUUGGAAAUGGGAUGAGAUGGGAUGCGAUGGGAUUAAGCUGGCCGCAGACAACAGCAUAACGAGCAUAGUGCUCUACUCUUGUGGUUCCUCGGCGAAUUACGAUUUCCCUGGGCUUUCAGCAGACGGUGAGAGGAUGCAAUUAAUUGCGGAAUGUUUGUUUUGGAAUAACAUAAUCCCGGAAACCGCAUUAACUGUUUUGUGGUCGAGUUGAAGUGCAAGUGCACAGAAAACUCCAACAAUCUACCGGAAAUUCCAUUGUGUCCUUCAGACUAAAGGUGCAGAAAACAUCGAUGUUUCUGGUUUAACAUUUAAUUUUCUAACCAGAAAUUAAACGAUUUAAUACCAGCUCUUUAAAUGCUCCGCAAACAUAGGAAAAAACCAAAUGUCGCUGUGCCAAACUUCAAUCGAUAAACGAAAUUUUGUUUCGGCAUUUGGCAAUUAUGCAUUAAAUUUAUGGCAAUUUCGCUACCCGCAAAUGCACAAAGAAUUCCAUCGGUAUCCAUUAAAGUAACCGACACGUACACAAAUCCACGGCAAUUUGUGACUUUUGUUGUUUGUUCGUGUGGCCUCCGCUCUUCGGCCGGCAGAUUGCUAUUUUUAUUUGAAAAGUUCAUUCAUUUUGUUUUAUUUCUGUGGCCAAAUGAAAAAUUUCAGCUGGUCACGUAAGAAUUUGACGGUCAGGAUGUGGACGAGGAUAUCCAGUAGGUGAAAGCCGGCGGCCAAGUUGAACAAAAAAAGCAGAAGGCAUCGGAGCAGCUGGCUGAGAAGGCUGAAGGACAUCAAACAACAAGGGGCUAACUGUAAUAACGAAAGCCGGAUGAAAGUUUCCAAUGUGCUGCCAAGUUUAAAAGCCCCAGAUGAGCGGUUCGCUUUGGAUGGGAAUGGCAGAUGAUGGAGAUGGGGGGCAAAUGAUAGGUAAUGACGCCAUUAGUGGCAGCCACUCAAAGGCCCGAUGUCUCGAUGACACCUCACAAAACAGCCGGCAAAAUUUGUACCAUUUUUGCUGACAAAUUUUUAGCGCCUCCCCCGCUCCCCGAAAAACUUCGCUCAGCAGGCGACGUCGUCGUCGUCGUCGCUGGAAAAUGCUGAAAACAGACAUAAGGAAACCCCCGUGGCACUUGGAAAUUUAUAGCAAUUUUAUCGCCGGCGGAAAUAUUUUUUCCACUUCAUUGAAUCCCCGGCAGGAUCGGCUCGGUGGCAAAGUGUCGCACUCGGGGAACUUCAUUGAACUUUAAUGGCAGGCCGUUGGGCAAACAACAAAGGCCGUCAGAGACAGUCGUUUGGCCAGGUCCUAACCCCACUUCCGUUUCCUCAAGCGGGGAGAGGUCCUUCCGCUGAUUCGGCAACAUAUGCUCGUUUGCAGGCGGGCAAAUAAAAAACUAACAGCAGGAAAUCCAUUACAGAAGGCCGAAUACCUUGGAAAAGUUUCUCAAACUCUGAUUUUUCAGCAAAGAGUGCAAAUACUGGAUUAUCAGCAAGU